ACUAAAAACGUGGUAGAAGGAGGAGGAUGACGUCAGCGCAGCGUCGGCAGUAAACAGCAGUUAGCCGCUGUUAACCUGAUUUUAAUGUGAUGUGAUUGAAGUUAUUUUGUCAUUAAAACCGUCAGAUCGCACGAUGGAGGAUCCGUUCUUCGUCGUCAAAGGUGAGGUGCAGAAGGCCGUGAACUCAGCUCAUAGCCUUCAUCAGCGAUGGGCAGAGCUACUGCAGGAGGGAGGCGGGGCCUCAAAGGAGGAAAUGGAAUGGACAACCAAUGAGCUGAGGAACAGUCUGCGAUCCAUCGAGUGGGACCUGGAGGACCUCGACGAAACCAUCAGUAUUGUUGAGUCCAACCCAAAGAAGUUCAACCUGGAUGCAGCAGAACUGUUGAAGAGAAAAUCCUUUAUAACCGCCACCAAGAAGGCGGUCAAGGACAUGAAGGAGCAGAUGUCCAGUCCAGCUGUGGCCUCAUUGGACAGACAGAGCAAAGAGGCUUGUAUUAGUGAGCGCAGUCCACAGGCACCCAUUUGGCGCCCGGGUCCUGAUAAAUACAGACACCUGGAUCAGCAUCUGCAGAAGGCCAACUCUCAGUUCAUAGAGGAGCAGCAGCAUCAGCAGCAGCUGAUGGCGGAGCAGCAGGACGAGCAGCUGGAACUGGUUUCGGGCUCCAUCGGUGUGCUGAAGAACAUGUCAGAGCAGAUCGGCAUGGAGCUGGAUGAACAGGCAGUGAUGCUGGAUGACUUCGGCCAUGAAAUGGACAACACACAGUCCAGACUGGAUAACGUUAUGAAGAAACUCGCAAAAGUUUCCCACAUGACCAGCGAUCGGCGGCAGUGGUGUGCCAUCAGCGUCUUGCUGGUCAUCCUCUUCGUUGUUGUCCUCCUCUUCUUCAUCCUCUGAUUGGAGGCGUCAUUUGAUUGACAGCAUUCUCCUCCUGACUGCACAGAGCUCAUCGUAAUCUGGGGUUCUGCCGGACUUCAAUGAGUCCUGUUUUCUGUAUCGUCGUAACACUACACUUCCAGCAUCGUCCAGCUGCUGUCAUCAGAAAGGCAGCUAUCAUUAACCCUGAUCCUUCUGGAUCCUGUAGGGCUCUACUGGAUCAAACUGGUCUCUGAAUGACUCGAACGGAUCCUACCAGACUCUGCAAGACUCAGGCUUGACUGGAUCCUACUUGACUUUGUGGGACUUGACUGGAUGUUGCUGGACUCUGGGACUUGACUGGACUCUGCUGGACUCUGGGACUUGACUGGACUCUGCUGGACUCUGGGACUUGACUGGACUCUGCUGGACUCUGGGACUUCAAUGGAUCCUGCUGGACUCUGGGACUUGACUGGAUUCUGCUGGACUCUGGGACUUGACUGGAUUCUGCUGGACUCUGGGACUUGACUGGAACCUGCUGGACUCUGGGACUUGACUGGAUACUGCUGGACUCUGGGACUUCAAUGGAUCCUGCUGGACUCGGCUGAACCUGUUAAGUAUUUGUAAAUCUAAAAAGGCACUUUCUUUGUAGUGUUUUGUUUGUUUGUUUGAUAGAUGUCAAACGUCACCCACGGUGGUGUUUAUUAGUUCCAUUUUAAGUCUUCCUGGGUGGAUCGGACUCUUUCUUUGCGUGUUUGCGUUUCAUCUGUGUUGAGUCUGAUAGGUGGAUGCUGCUGUCCAUCAUCACUGUCACCCCGCCUUUUCUUUGAAUUCCCUUUUUAUCCGACCUGAACCUGUCGCUGAUCGUCCGUCUUCAUUUAUAUUUUGAUGUUUUGUUUUUGGUUUUUUCAAACACUAAACGAUGGAAUGACACUAAAACUCCAAACAGUUUAUUUAGUUUAAUAUGAGUUUCAAUAAAUCAUUAACAUCAUG